AUGGUCGGAGCCGGUGUUCCGAUCUCCUUCAAUUUGGACGGUUGGCGAAAGGGAUUUUCAUCACUUGAGCUGGAGAACUGGAUUUACAAUUUCAAAUGUCAGCUGAAGGUUCUUGAAUCGCUCGGCCAUGUGAGCACUUCGCUCAACGCUUCCGCAAAACGAAUUCAUUCCCCGCUAGCUCGCGCUCUAGAAGUCGCAGUAAUCGGAGCUCCAAAUGUUGGGAAAUCACUACUUACGAAUCAACUUGUUCGAGCCGCUGUCUCUUCCGUUAGCAAGAGAAUGGAUACAACUACGCAAAAUAUUGAAGCAGUUUUGACGGAGGAUAAUGUGCAAUUAGUAGUGUGUGAUAGCCCUGGUACAAUAGGUUUACGCCAUGCCAAGGAAACCAUGGGACGUAGUAAGGAUGAUAUUAUCUUGACCGGGCCUGAAGAAGCAUUAAAACGCGCAGAGCACGUUCUUGUCGUACAGGAUGCAACUGCAACAGGCGACUACAUCCAUCAUCGCGUUAUGCAUCUGCUUCAUCGCCAUUCUCAUUUACCUGCUUCACUUGUGAUCAACAAAGUAGAUCUAAUCUCACAACGUAGCGAUCUGCUUGAGCUUACUCGAAUACUUACAAAUGGUCGUGUUGCUGGAGCACCUAUUAAAAUCGACAAAAAAGCGAUCGGCCGACUUGGAGUUUCAUCGAGCGACUUACGUCUACAUGACGAUUCUGUGACAGAUCAAGACGAAGCUUGGCAAGAACGAUACAGAAAAAUAAUUGCUACUCCAACACAUAAAGUCGGUUUCGCAGAAACUAAGCAUUUAUUUGCGAAUAUUCGAGGAUGGAGUGGUUUCGAUGCUGUUUUCUUUGUAUCAUCUUUGACUGGUGAAGGAAUCGAACCAUUGAGAGAUCAUUUGAAAAAAUUAUCACAGGAAAGAAAGUGGAGACUGGAUGAAAUGGCUGUCACCACGAAGACUCCUCAGGCGAUUUGUAUUGACUCAGUUCGCGCCGCACUUCUGGAUACUACUCCAGCGAAUGUUGCAUACAAGCUCAAGCCAAGAAUAACGGAAUGGAAAGUGGAAGGCGAGGUGCUCCAAAUCGUUGUAGAAAUAAAUUGCGAUAAGGAACGUAUUGGACGACUGAUCGUAGGGAAGGGCGGUCGUCGUAUAGCCGAAAUUGGAAAACGUGUGAACGAUCAUAUGCACAACCUUUUUGAAAGGCAACUUUUUUUUCCGUUCAAAAUCACAUUGUUAAUCCACAUAAGAAGGGACGGUAAAUUAGCGGUCCUAUCAAGGCUGAAUAUAUCUGGUUCCUGCGCAAAUCAUACUGAGAACAUUAGAAAAAAGUCUAAGUGA